GCAUUUGUACACCUGUAUUAGUAUCUCGAUUUAUAAUAACCCGCGCGAGGGAAUGUAUCUUAGGGAAUGUAUCUUAUCUCUGCGCAGGCAGCUCAGACAGAAGCUUGACUGUUCAAUCGUGAUACCCUUUUCUUCCUCGGGAGGCAUAUGUAUUUGGUAUCGCCGUUUCUUCCAGUAAGCACCAAUGCAUGCAUGCACCCGCCUCCCUGCGCUCUCAAAUAGAUGGUGCAAGUAAAGAUGUCCAAAUCUUCCGCAGACCCUCUGUCUGGUGUAGAAAGCGCUGCUCAGUCGCACUAUUUUCAGCUACCACGAAAGUUGCCGAAGCGCAAGGGUCGUUUUAAACGCUCGGAUGGCAGCACCUCGUCUGACACCACCUCCAGCUUCAUCAAACGACAGGGUUCAGCCGAUUCGUACACGAGCAGACCUUCGGAUUCCGACCUGUCAGCGGAGGAGGACCGCGAGGCGUAUCGGCGUGAAGCCGAACGCCAGGCCCAGCUGCAGCUCGAGAGAGCCAAGUCCAAACCUGUAGCAUUCGCAGUGAAGACGAAUGUGAAUUAUUGCGGGGCUCUAGAUGAGGACUGUCCUGUUCAGGGGGCUGCCAUAAACUUUGAAGCCAAAGACUUUCUGCACAUUAAAGAGAAGUAUAAUAAUGACUGGUGGAUUGGAAGGCUGGUGAAAGAGGGGGCAGACAUCAGCUUCAUUCCCAGCCCCCUCCGACUGGAGGCCAUGAGACUCAAACAGGAGCAAAAACAACAGAGGAAAAGUGGUAACUCCUCCUCAAGCCUGGGCGACAUGGUCUCAGGAGGUUGGAGAUCCACGCCGCCAUCUGCAGGUGAGACCAAACAGAAGCUAAAGCAGACUGAACACAUUCCUCCAUAUGAUGUGGUGCCGUCCAUGAGGCCUGUGGUUCUGGUUGGACCUUCACUGAAGGGCUAUGAGGUGACAGAUAUGAUGCAGAAAGCCCUGUUUGACUUUCUCAAACAUCGCUUUGAUGGACGGAUUUCUAUAACCCGGGUGACCGCUGACCUUUCUUUGGCCAAGAGAUCGGUUCUCAACAAGAGACCCAUCAUGGAGAGGUCUAACACACGAACUAGUUUGGCGGAAGUGCAAAGUGAGAUCGAGAGAAUAUUUGAGCUGGCCAAAACUCUUCAGUUGGUGGUUCUAGAUGCAGACACCAUUAACCAUCCAGCGCAACUAGCUAAAACCUCGUUAGCUCCUAUUAUUGUGUACGUCAAGGUCACCUCUCCAAAGGUCCUACAGCGAUUGAUAAAGUCGAGGGGUAAAUCACAAAGCAAACACCUCAAUGUUCAGAUGAUGGCAGCAGAUAAACUGACUCAGUGUCCUCCUGAGAUGUUUGAUGUCAUUUUGGAUGAGAACCAGUUAGAGGACGCCUGUGAGCACCUCACUGAAUAUCUGGAGGUCUACUGGCGUGCCACUCAUCUGCCUGGCACCACCCCUCUCAACCCUCUAUUGGAGCAAAAUCUGAUGACCCCACCCUCAGCAGUCUCCAGUCUACAGAACCAGCAGCUGUCGCCUGCCGGGGGUGGAGGGGGAGUGGAGGAGGAGGAGCAGGGGGAACAGGACAGCCUCAUGCCCUCCGACGAAGCCAGUGACUCUCGCUCCCUCCGUCAAGGCGGCUCUAGCUCCCUGCACCCCCAGGAAGAAGAGGAAGAAGAGGAGGAGGAGGAGGAAGAGGAGGAGGAAGAAGAGGAGGAAGAUGAUUACGAACCCCACCACCACCCUCACCCGUACCGGGAUGUGUAUCCGCCCAACCGUAAUCACCCUGGUGGAAUCCACAGCGCUAACGGACACGAGUCACAGGACCGGCUCCUGCAGCAGCGAGACUCGCAGGACGGACACAACCAACGAAACAACCACCAGCGCACGAGAGCCUGGCCAAGAGACAACUACUGACCGCCUGUCUGCAGGAGUCUGGAUGGGAGGGUUGGGUUGUGAAUUGGGGCGAGGGGUGAUGGGAAUUGGUGAGGAACAGGAAACGCACAGUGUGUGUGUAUGUAUGCGUGUGAAUGCGUGUUUGUGGAUGAAGCUGCCCAUGGUUGAUGAAAAGAUCCUGUUGUUUUCUAAGCUUAUGUAGUUGUUAUUGUUUGAGGCAUUGUACUACAUUUGCUUUUAAAAGACAGGGCAGCUUUUCUCCUUUAAGAUCACAUGCAUGUUCAUAGCGAAACAACAUUUGAGCUUCCUAUGAAACCCUACCCAAGUCAAUUUUAUUUUUAUUAUAAACUUUAUUAUUUUGCAUAUCAUACGCUCUCCCUGAUCUAAUGAGCACAGAAGGCAUUAUGGGAAAAGCACUUUUAUAGCAUGGGGUGUGAGUCACAAUGAAAGAUAUUGUAGCAUUUUGUUGCAUCUUUAAUGGCUUCUCUUUUGCUAGCGCUAGUAUUACUCACGAUUUUUUGGUUCAAGCCUUCAGUCAUGGUGUUGCCUGAUUGGAGCCCGUAUGCACUUGUCUUAUUAUGAGUUGUUUAUUGGUCCUCCUCUGGACAUCAUUCAGGCAACUGACAUGAAUAGGCAUUUUCACAGUCACGUUCACAGAUGUAGCAAACAUUGCCAUUUGCAAAGCACCAUGUAAAUGCAGUGUAUGUAGGAAAGGAAUUCAGGUUUAUGCUCUGCUGUCGUAGAGUGAAAUAUUAUUUGGACUAUAGUCUUGGUUUGCACAUGAGGUGAAUUUCAACUCCAGAAUGAAGAGAAGCAGUCGAUCUUCCUACAUUUCCGUACUACUGCAUACAGAAAGAACCUAAUUAGGUCAGUGUCACUGGUUUCUUUUUCUGGGAAAUGAGAAGGACUGAAAACUGAAGUUAUUUUAUCAUCCAACAGUGGAUUAGUACCCAUAUAUUGGAUUUUUAUAUAAGUAGAUGAACCUCAGAUUUGAUGUCCGUUUUGGGAUAGUCAUGUUGUUCCUCUGUGACUUGAUUGAGUUGAAAGUUGGUCUAGGUUCAUAUAUUAUACACAUUUGCAAGUAAUUUAUUUGUUGACUUUAUCAAAGAUAACAGCCAAUUGCCUUAAGGCAUCUUGGUCUGUUUUUGAACUUGCAUGCACAUUAGCUAGACUAACCUGAUAUUUAUAGCUAAAGAAGCUAAAUUUAGAUUUUUGUAUCAUUGUUUCUGGGUGAUUUGAACAUUUUUUGAAUGGUUGGCAAACAGUUUUGGCGAACUCUCUAUUUAAGUAGAUAGGAGUUGAACUUGCAUGAUUGGAAACUAGCAUUACCAAAAUGGCCACUGAAUAAACUGCCUCAGAAGGAAUUUGUCUUUACCAAGAAGAAUGUGUCUCUAACAAGUGAGGGAUCUUCCUCUGCCCUCCAUUUCUCGCCACUCUUUCCUCUCCGAGGCUCUGGGCGUCUAAGGGGGCGGUUACCGUGGCCUACUUUAAAACAGAGCGUCACAUCUUUCUUUGGCGACACGUUGACUGCUAGCUAGUUUAAUUACCUUAAAGGGUUAGUUCACC